AUGCUAUCGCAGCUCGGAAAGGCUUUUUCGCGUUUGUGCUGUUCUGUGGCGACGGCUCCAAUGAGUUUCUGCGCGACAAUGCCCUCCAGUUCUUUCACAGCUUCUGCUGCUUCACUGCAUACUUCAUCUACGGUUGCUCGAAACAAUUUCUUGCAGGUUUUUUUUUUCAGAGUUUUGUAUCAAGGAUACAAGUACCUCCCGGGUCUAUUUUGAAGUCAAUCGGUGGUUGUUUAUUAGCUAACGGGUAGGUACCUGAAAUUUGCAAUUGCUACCGGGUAGUUUUUUUUUGUUUCAACGCUACUCAAUAAAAACUUGAAAAACAAUUUAUAAAAACUCUGAUGCUAAAUAAACGUUUUUUUUUUGUUUCAACGUUAGUCGCCUAGAAAUUGCGAUUGCUACCGGCUGGCAAAUCGAUCGUUUAUUUAGCAUCAGAGUUUUUACAAACCGUCUUUCGAGAUUGUAUUGACUAACGUUGAAACAAAAAAAGCUACCUGGUGUAUACAGGCGCCAUAGAGAUAAUUCCCGGUCGCUAAUAAACGACCACCGAUUAUCAUACGCCUUUAAAGUAUCCCUCUCCCAAUUGACCUUUGUUUUUAAAAAUUCCUAAGCCAUGGAAAAGAUAUUCUUGGAGUUUCAAAUAGAAAAUUUUCCCCUUCUCUUAUAUCAAACAAUUAUUCUACAUUCAUGGUUGUGGUUUUUUUUCCGAGUAAAGCAGUCUUUAAGUUUAUUCAUUAUCGAAAUGGUCCGCCCAAGAGACGCGCCAGGAGUAAGGACAAAAGCCCUAUCACCGGCUUCAACCACUUCAAAGGCAUCGUUCUUAAAAGUGAGACGUUUUUACACUUUUUAAGAAUUGAAUUUUUUUUCGAAUGAAAGCGAAAAUGCUGCCUCUCCAUUCAAAGUUGGCGGGAGAGGUAGAACGUAAUCAUGCAAGGAAAAAGUAGAAAAUAGCUUUUGAAGAAAUUUUAAUUUUGUUCAUUCAAACUUUCACUGGUCCCUGAAAAAAUUCGAAAUAAUAAAAAAAAUCGGCGAAGAGAAAAAAAAAAGGAUGGCUCACUCUUGAUCUUGAGUUUCGUCAUACAAAGCUGAAUCGGGAGCUCGAUACAAGUAGCUACCGGAUAGCAGCUUGUGAAAAGUCGAUCGGCGUAUGCUAAUCUGUGGUCUUUUGUAUGCAACCGGGUACUAUUUCUAUGGUACCUGUAGAUACCUGACAUUUGCUAUUGCUACCAGACUGUCUGGCAACGCUUCCGAGGUGAUUAUUUUUUGUUUCAGCAAUAGACAAUAAUAUCUUCGACCACUUGGAACAGUUUACAAAAACACUCGUCCUAAAAUCUCCUGAUUUUUCACAAAUGAUAUUUUAGUGAAUGCAAUAAAUCAUUACUAUUAUUAUUAAAUCAACGACCGAUUUACCCCCCGGUAGCAAUCUCUAAUUUUAGGUACCUACCCGGUACUAUCCACGUACCAUAUAGAUGGUACCCGGUCGCAUACAAACGACCGCCGAUUAGCAUACGCAGAUCGACUGUUUACAAGUUGCUAUCCGGUCGCUACUUUUAUCAAAUUUCCGAUUGACCAGUGCAUAGCCGCGUCGCGUACUCUACCAGAACGGCGCACGGUGCCAGCACCAAUAAUCCGCUGCACGGUGCAAGUGGUAGUGCGGCUCCUCGCGUUUUUUGAGACAUUUUGGUGCAAAUUGAGUGCAUGCGCACGAUGCAGCAGCAUGCCUCCUUAAGGAAGUUCAAUUUAGUUAUUCAGCCAUAUUUAGAUGAAGCUAGAGCUCUUGCUGUUUCGAUUCAGGCACAGCCUCCUGAUCCGAUUUCCCUUGUCCAAUUUUAAUCGAAAAAUGAUAAAUAAGAAUAACAAAAUAACUAUAAGUGCCUGCACCGUGCGCAUGCACUCAAUUAGCACCGAAAUGUCUAAAAAACGCGAGGAGCCGCACUACCACUUGCACCGUGCAGCGGGUUAUUGGUGCGGGCACCGUGCGCCUUUCUGGUAGAGUACGCAUAGACAUCUAUGCCAAUCUACCCAUUACGCCGUCCAAGUCGUGAAUAAAUAAUUGGAGUGUUACUGGGGAGUAUUCAGCUGUGAUUCGACAUCCGAAAAAGCCGAACUCCGGUAACAGAAAAUGCGCUAUCGUGCGUCUCUCCACCGGAGCUGAAGUCUGCGCCUACAUUCCAAACGUCGGACACAAUCUCCAAGAACAUUCACAGGUAUUAUAAUUUUAUCUCGUCAAAAGUUAUGUACUGAGUUGGCCCCGCUAAAAAAUGAACUAACGUGAUGGCUUUGAAAAAAAGUUGCAAAUCUCGGGCCAUUUCUUUCAGUAUUCCGUAAUCUUCACUCUUUGUCCUUCUCAUGUGAAAAAAAGUAUUUUUGUUUUCUUUCGUAUAUCUUUAAAACUCGCAGUUUGGUAAGAAAUGGGCUAUAUUUCUUCUUCAAUCCACAAAAGUCUAUAGUGAAAAAAACCCGUUGAUGAGUGAGUUUAGGGUGUUCGCGCGAGACGAACACGUUUUUAAAAGCACAGCAGGAAAAAGUUACCCUUUAUAUACACAUCCGUCUUUCAAUUUGGAAAAAAAAACCAAACGCUGGCUCGGAAUAUGCUACAAUUCUAAGCUCAUUGCUAAACUGAUUCUUAUGAAGAAUGUUAUUCAGAGAUAUUCAAUUUGCAAAAAAGGUUUUGUACGCAAAUUAAAAAAGUUAGGCGUCCAAGUAAGUAUAAAAAUGUGCUCAAACAAAACGUUUGAAAAAAGUGAUCAAUGAAAAACCAAGAUGACAUGAAUAUUUCUCAAAAACGAUAUAUUUUUUGGGCUACCUCCGCUUUUUUCCAGGUUUUGGUUCGCGGCGGAAGAAGAAGAGACUUGAUUUCUGUGAAAGCAAACGUCGUCCGAGGGAAGUUCGACUGCGCACCAGCAAAUGCAGGAUCAUCCAGAAAAUAG